AUGGUGCUCGACUUGGACCUGUUUCGGACAGACAAAGGUGGCGAUCCAGAAAUCGUCCGUGAAUGUCAAAGGAAGAGAUUUAAAGAUGUGACACUCGUUGACAAACUGGUCACCGCAGAUACAGUGUGGAGAAAAUGCCGCUUCACUGCAGACAAUCUCAACAAAGCGAAGAACCUCUGCAGCAAGAGCAUUGGGGAGAAAAUGAAGAGGAAGGAACCAGUUGGGGAGGAUGAGUCUGUACCUGAAGAAGCUCAGAACCUGGAGGCCCUAACACCUGAAACACUAUCGGCCCUGACUGUAACCCAGAUCAAGAAGGUACGUUUGUUGGUGGACAAGGCAAUUGAGAAAACUGACAGUGAGAGGAUGAAGCUGGAGGCGGAGCGCUUUGAGUACCUGAGGGAGAUCGGCAAUCUUCUGCACCCAUCUGUACCCAUCAGCAAUGAUGAGGACACAGACAACAAGGUGGAGCGUACCUGGGGCGACUGCACCAUCCAGAAGAAGUACUCCCAUGUUGACCUGGUGGUCAUGAUUGAUGGCUUUGAUGGAGAGAGGGGAGCUGUUGUGGCUGGGAGCAGAGGUUACUUUCUGAAGGGGCCACUGGUUUUCCUGGAGCAGGCUCUGAUCAAUUAUGCAUUAAGGAUCCUCCACAGCAAGAAUUACACCAUGCUCUACACACCCUUCUUUAUGAGGAAAGAGGUCAUGCAGGAAGUAGCCCAGCUCAGCCAGUUUGACGAAGAGCUUUACAAGGUCAUCGGUAAGAGCAGUGAGAAGUCAGACGACAGCUCCAUAGAUGAGAAAUACCUCAUUGCCACCUCAGAACAGCCAAUUGCAGCCUUCCUGAGGGACGAGUGGCUCAAACCAGAAGACCUGCCUGUCCGCUACGCCGGUUUCUCCACCUGCUUCCGACAGGAAGUGGGCUCCCAUGGAAGAGACACCCGCGGGAUCUUCAGGGUACACCAGUUUGAGAAGAUUGAGCAGUUUGUCUAUGCCUCCCCGCAUGACGGCAAAUCAUGGGAGAUGUUUGAUGAAAUGAUAGGGACUGCAGAAGAAUUAUACCAGUCCCUAGGAAUUCCUUAUCGCAUCGUAAACAUUGUCUCUGGUGCUCUAAAUUAUGCAGCUAGUAAGAAGCUGGAUCUGGAGGCCUGGUUCCCUGGCUCUGGUGCCUUCAGGGAACUGGUCUCCUGCUCAAACUGCACUGACUACCAGGCCAGACGCCUCCGCAUCCGAUACGGACAGACCAAAAAGAUGAUGGACAAGACAGAGUUUGUGCACAUGUUGAACGCAACCAUGUGUGCCACCACACGUGUGAUAUGUGCCAUCCUAGAGAAUUACCAAACCGAAGAGGGUAUUGUUAUUCCGGAGAAGCUCAGGGAUUUCAUGCCUCCUGGCAUGACAGAGGUCAUUAAGUUUGUCAAGCCUGCUCCCAUUGAUCAGGAGAUGUCCAAGAAGGCAAAGAAACAGCAUGAAGGAGGGAAGAAAAAGAAGCAGGAAGAAGACCAGAACCUGCCGAAUACCAUGGAGAGCAUGUCCGUCAAUGAUUAAUGCCGCUUAAUCACAACCAUACAGAUAGAAACAGAUGGAAUACAGCCUCAUGUAUAUUGAUCAGGGGUCAGCUGAGCUGUUUCUCCCACUAACUAACCAACUAAAAUUGUUAGAAAAUGGGGGGACAAAUCUCUUAAGUAGGCAGUUAAUGGUGCGUAAUAAUAAAGGCUUGCUCUGUUCCAUCUGUCUAUCUGAAUAAAUGGUGUUCUUCAUCUCAACUGUUCUCUCGUUCACAAAGCACACUGAAAAAGGGAUCUCUCUCUGUGCUCUCAUCCAUCUAAAGUCCACUUAAGACUCCACUGACCUCCUGCCUGUCCCAUUGUCAUGUCUGCAGCAGCCCUACAUCCUAGAGUGACAGAGCUUGUUGAUAUAUCCAUAAUCAUCAAAUUUCUUUUUUAUAACCGAUAAAGUUUCUGUGAUUGGUGUGUAGUGAAGAUACAUGUUUGUUUCCAGCUUUUUGGAAUCUAUAAUUAUUGUGGUUUCCAAAUGUAUUUUGUUUUGAGACUAAAACGUGCAUCUCUUCUCUAUAACAUGGUUGCGUAAUGCCUGAAGUGGCUUUAAAGUUGAUCUAAAUUUAAUUCAGAAGACCACAAUCAUCGACCAUUGUUGCUUGACAUCAUUGUUGACCAUAAUACUGAUCACUAGCUUAUGAUUGAGACACUGUCUGUAUGCACUUGCUAAAAACAAUAAAUAUAGAAAAUAAC